UCAUACCUACUCACCGAGAACGAUGAAACUACGCAACAUGUAGGGAAUUGUACAGAAAAUGAACAGCAAGGAGUCCAAACUAAUGAUUUGGUGGUACCAUUAAUUAUAGCCAGUUCCAUUAUGUUGUUAACAUCAUUUGUCGUGCUUUAUAUUCUGAUAUUUCGCGCAAGGAGAAAAGUUCGGCGAAAUUUGCGCAUUAGAAAACGCACGGCAUCUUUCAAGGUGGCACAGCUUUCCUGGAUUUUGACAAGCAUUGAAACAAUCUUGCGAUUGGUAGGAUUGUUUCACUUUCGAUCUCAUGCACUGGCUGAACGCAACCCUGACAUAUCUUAUUGGUUGGCGAUUGCUGUCUACCAUAUGGCGCUGCUUGGUCAAACAACUUUUCAGAGUGAGUAAUGGUUGUAGGUCUGAUAGAAUGAUAAAUAUAGAUAAUUAUCAGAAAAUAAUGACAAUUUGUUUCUGUUGCCCACAGGUUUUAACGGUCAGCUUUAGAGUUUCAGAUUCGCUGUUACAACAUUCAGAUAUGAAAAUAGAUCGGGUGUCUGGCGAAUAAAAUGUCGAAUCAGUACUCAGUUUCUUUCUACGCAAUAAACUUGUUAAUGAAUUUCAUUCUUCAGAACAUUACGCAUUCAAAAAAUGUAUUUUGAAGGCUUUAGCGCAACAUGUGAGGAAAAAUCGCAAAAGAUAGACGAUCAAGUCAAGGCGUGAAUUCAUAGUGCUGCGCCAUAUUGUCGCAAGUAUUAAUAAAUCGGCAAUAUUAUAUUUCGAUGUGUGAAGCAAAAUACCCGUUGUAGCUCCCAAAUCUCUAAAAUCCAUUCAUUACUACAUUCUAGUGAAUGGUAUAAAACCAACUAGGUCUUAAAAGUGUUUCUCGUUUUUAAAUCCUUCUCACGCAUCACUCAUUUACAUUGAAAUAUUUUCCAGCAAAUUCAUUCUUCUACAACUGUCAUGAAAUGAUAUAACGCACUCGUUAAGCCUGGUUCGCAUGUGCCUGCGACUGUAUCAUGAUGCCUCUACUUGCUGCCAAAAUACCGGCAAAAUUGAGCUCAAGUCAACUUUCCCGGCCUACCGCCGAUGUAACUGUGGCACUGGAGGCAAUCAGCGAACAAAUGUUCACUGACACAAUUUACGUUUUAAAGCUACCAUCGGCAUCGUCGCCGGCACGUCGCCGGCAUAUAUGUGAACCAGGAUUUAGCUUCAAACAACUUCUGGUUUCAGCAGGAAAAGGGACAACUCGUGCUAGGCACAAAAAUCUGGGCACUGGAACUCUUCUGCCAGUCCGCUCAGUCUGAUAUAACCUAUUCAUGUAAUUGUUAAUAAGCCUUUGCUUCAUGAUCAAAAAACGAUUUUGUGUAACAGCUGUCAGAAUGACAAGUGUUGAGCUAUAAGAGGGUCUGAAUGGGGUUAACUGACUACUGAUAUUUGCCUGAAUUUUUGACUGACAACUGACAAAAUAUCCUAACUGACAACUGAGGCAUGAUGAGAAAAUGAUGAGUCAGCAUUUUGCAGUAACUGACUACUGACAGCUUGCAAAAUAUCGUACUGACAACUGGCUUAAAUUUUAGCUGACAACUGACACCCAAAGACCCCCAUUAAGACCCUCCUAUAAACUCCCUUUGGCUUUGCGAUUUUCUGUAGUUUGGUGUCUCCGUGAAUAUGAAAAGAACACUCGUUCCAGAUGUGAAGGACCGAGUUGGAUGAUAACACGCAAAUCCUUUUUAAUUAUCAUGGCGUUCAUGAACUGUUACAUGUGGGUCUUGAAUGUCGCUGGGGUUAGAAUCCUUGUUGACUUGACUAGUGACAAGAUGGAAGAGCUACUGAGUGGAUCUGUUGAAAGGAUCAUAUACACUGCAAAUAGAGCGUCAACAUUAGCAUACCAUGUUGAGUCUGUGCAAUUGUUCUAUAAAUUUUACGAAGAAGAUAAGGAGUUGUUAGCACAGCAAGAGUAUGAGAACCUUGAUAAUCAAAAUGUGGGAGGCAAUGUAUGUUGUACCCUUUUGAUUAAUUUGAAUUAUUCCAUUAAUUAUCAAUUACAAUUCAUUCUAAUUGACCAUUUGCGUAAUAGACUAAAUUUUGAUCUCAACAAAAAUGUCAUCACAGCUUGAAAGAGCAUCACAAAAUUAGUAAUAUUCCAAAGUUUCGUUGCGAAAUGUUGUAAAAUGUGGAAAAUAUAGCUUUGCGAAGUUUGCAAUUUUCAGUCAUUUUAGAUUACGAAUGGGAAAUUGACAGCCCCAAACCCUUCGAGGCUGUCAAUUUCCCAUUUGUAAUCUAAAAUGACUGAAAAUUGCAAACUUCGCAAGGCUAUAUUUUCCGCAUUUUACAACAUUUCGCAACGAAACUUUGGAAUAUUACUAAUUUUGCGAUGCUCUUUCAAGCUGUGAUGAAAUUUUUGUCUAGCCUUGUCUAGAUCAAAAUUUAUUCUAUUACGCAAAUCGUCAAUUGAUUAAUUAAGUGCUUUCUGGCAUAAUUUUAGACCACUGUUGAAACAGACUCAACCAAAGGAAAGUGUGUGGGGUUUAUUAUGUUUGUUGUGUUUGUCUCAAUGGCUGGUGGAUCAUUUCUUGUCAGGUAGGAAACUGCAAAUGCAUCCCAUUCCCCUUAAGAGUCUCCUCCCAUGUCACCUCCACAAAAAAUGAAGUUGGCAUAAAACAUUUUGUGGGAUCUACGGUUCAAUACAUUUGCAAUGACGAGGGACUACCUGGAACCUUAUUCAUUGGCUCUAGGUGUGAGAUUGGGUCUGUGUUCCCAAGUUCUCUUUGUGAAAUUUUUCCUUUGUUCCCCUCAAAAGAUUUCACCAUGUUCCCUUAAUCUUCCCUGUGAUGUUUGGCUUUGUUUCAAUGUUUUCUUGUUCUCAUGCCCUCAAAACCCCUGGUAGACCCUCUCAAUGAUGGUACAUACACCACUGAAAAACCUGGGUAUAGAUUCACUACUGUAGUGAGUGGGUAACUGGAUGGAGAACAGUGGGAUUUUCAAAACAAUAUUUGAAAAUUUCAUUCAUUGGUUGGUAAUAUUGCUGGGUAUAUUAUUGGUUGGUACUAUUGCCGGGUAUAUUAUGCAAAGGUAUCCAUUAACCUCAUUAUUUUGCCACUACAGGACAAAGAUGACCGACAGUCACAUUGCUGCUACAGCUGCAAUUAUUGGCAUUCUUCUAACAAUAGUCUGUAUAACUUUAAAAACAACCCAACAAGGCAAUAGUCAAGUCCUCAUAGUUGGCAUGCUCCAAACACAAGAUAACCAUGAUAGCCAACAAAAUAAUCUGGUGAAUGAAGUCCAACAUCGCAGUGUGAAAAUGUUUGAAGACAUAGCUUCAUAUGUGGCUGGUGAAAAAGUUGGUCAUUUAAAGAUCCUAUUGUUUUAUUCAAUAUCUGCAGUGAGUUAUCACUUUUUAAUGACAAUGAAGAUCACAUUUAAUGGUAUAGAAGAGGUGGAUACAUUGAUGCCUGUUCGAGAGGGUUGCAAAGGUCUUGCAUGUAUGAGUCUCACAGUAUUCAUGUUCUGGAUGAGUCAUGAAGAUAGAAAAUUAAGGUAUUUUAUUAUAUAAACAUAAGUGUUAUAUAGAGUUUUUGGCCACUAAGAAAAAUCGUAUUUAAACACGUAAAAAAAUACGAUAUUUUUACGUGUGAAAGUAUCAUUUGCUGUAAAACCCAUUGCCACGGACGUUUUAUUGCUUUUUAUUGAAUUUUGUAAAAAUACAUGGGUGCUUGGAAAUGCCAGAUUUAUUUCUCGUGUUGAAUAUGAUAUCUCACUCGCUCGCUGCGCUCACUCGUGAGAUAUCAUGUUCAACACUCGAAAUAGGUCUGGUGUUUCCGCGCACCCAUGUGUUGUUCUCUGUUUAUUUACAAAUAGGCCCCCCUUUCUAAGAGGCUUCACCUUAAACAACUGAGAAACAUGUGUAUAGUACAGUAUUACAUUUAUUAAUUGGCCUGGAACAUCACAUUAGUUUGCAGUGUUUCAUAUCAAAUCAAUAAGCCCAGCUUGUCAUUAAGCCCCCUCUCCAAUAAACCCUCACUUUACUAAACCCUAGCUCUCUCUAUUAAGCAUCCCUCUCUAUUAAACCUCCUCCCUAUUAGGCCCUUUCUCUAUUAAUUAACCCCCUUCUAUUAACACCCUCUCUAUUUAUCCCCCUCUCUAUUAACCCUCCCUCUCUAUUAAUAACCCUCUCUAUUAACCCGCUCUCUAUUAACCCCCCUCUCUAUUAAUAACCCUCUCUAUUAACCAGCUCUCUAUAACCCUCCCUCUCUCCAUCAAGGCCCCUCUUUAUCAAGCCCUAAAAAUAGUACUUAUGUUUUAAAAAGGUGCUGGUUUUACCUGUAUGUGAUGUUCUGGAAUGUACUGGCAUUGGUGUCCUUAGAGCUUAUCGAAGAAACAUUUGAACAUGGCAAUUCUAAUAGAGAACCGUUACAACUCUACGCUUUACCUUUGGCAAUUGAUUUUAAGAUAUAUGUCUUGAUUCAUACAUAUAGUGAUAUUGUAGCAGCAAGAAAUGGCUGCAGGCAAGAAUUAAGAGGUACUGAACAUGAACCGCUAGUAUAGCUGCUCUUACUUCGAGAUCUACUACUCCUUCUAUUGAUCCAAGUAUUCGUUAUGAUUAAAAAUCUCAAUUUAAUAAUGUCACAGUACCCAUUUGUAUAGAUUAAUUACCUGCACACGUGAAGAACAUAUUGCAACUUGUUUUUGCAAAAUUUAACUGGAUAUUGUUACACGUGUCAGUAAUUAACUUGUAAUACAAAUGUAAUUGUUACUUUUAAUUGUAGUAAAGAUACUGAUAUCUUGUUACUUUUCGCAAGAUGUAACUGCAACUUUUUCAUACUAAUUCUAAAUUUCUAAAAUAAUAGCUGUAGCUUGUUGCAUGGUAGUAAUAGUAAAUAUUGUUUGGUAGGUAUAGUAUUUAACGUGUUAAGACCAAUAGGCAAUACUUUUUUGAAAUGUUUAGCUAAAAAUAUAUCUAGUGAUGUAGAAGCAUGUAACGCAGAGUUUAUACUGUUACUUUUUCGUAACAUUUCAUCAUUCAUGCCUCAGAGAACAUCCUAUAGCCUGAAUAUCGGACGGUCCCUCGUUAAGUUCAAGUUUAGAACGUCCAGGACCAUGAAUGCUUUUAAUUAAUUAUACACUUUUAACUAUGCGUAAUCAUGUACAAAAUAAUGUUCAAAAAUACAAAUUAAACCACUCGCCCAAUGACGGGCAAAAUUGUUUGGACUUUGCAAACGCGUUAGGUAAAAUUAUCGUGCGAAGCUGUAAAGCGUAAAAUAUCUGGUCAAAACAAAACAAUAAUUAUAAUAGUUUUGUUUGUGGAAACACCACAUAAAUUUAUUGCUGCAAAGCUUUUGAUCUGUAAGCCCAUAAGUAAUAAAUUUACGUGGUGUUUCCACAAACAAAACUAUUAUAUGUUUUAUCGCCAUGCAAACAUACAAAUAACUUAAAACAAUAAUUAUCGCCAUGCAAAUCUAAAUAAAUAUCCGAUUUUUCACAAAACAAAACAAUAAUUAUAAUAGUUUUGUUUGUGGAAACACCACAUAAAUUUAUUGCUGCAAAGCUUUUGAUCUGUAAGCCCAUAAGUAAGUAAUAAAUUUACGUGGUGUUUCCACAAACAAAACUAUUAUAUGUUUUAUCGCCAUGCAAACAUACAAAUAACUUAAAACAAUAAUUAUCACCAUGCAAAUCUAAAUAAACAUCCGAUUUUUCACAAAACAAAACAAUAAUUAUAAUAGUUUUGUUUGUGGAAACACCACAUAAAUUUAUUGCUGCAAAGCUUUUGAUCUGUAAGCCCAUAAGUAAGUAAUAAAUUUAUGUGGUGUUUCCACAAACAAAACUAUUAUAUGUUUUAUCGCCAUGCAAACAUACUAAUAACUUAAAACAAUAAUUAUCGCCAUGCAAAUCUAAUAAUCUAGGGACAUUUUCUUACCAGUUAGUAAAUGAGUGUAAUUAUUUAUUUGGUUUAGUUUGAGGCCUUCAUAAAGAUCUGUGAGUUCAUUAGAGUUUAAUACUUGUCCUUUCCAAUGACCAUACCCUAGCAAUAUAAGAAUAGAUCAUGUUGGCGAUCAUACAUGCAACCAUACUUAAAUUGUGAAAUAUUUUUUAAAUCACUUUAAUAUUUACAUUAUCUACCUGUAUGAUUUGAGAACUGGACUGAAUUUAUAGCAUCGACUUCAAAACCAUGAACCUUAUGAUUACAAAAGAUAAUCAAUAUGCUUUGAUCUGGAGAUUAUAGCAAGAGAAUGAAGUUUGACCUUUUUUAUGAGGCAAUUUUUGCUUGUCAUAGCAAUUUGGUUGUUUUCACAGUUUAUAAUGAUAUCACACAACACUACCAUUUCGAACUUUCAUCCUGGCAACUGAUCGAGCCAGCCUUUUUAGCAGUGUUUAUG